AUGACUGAGACGAGUGGGAACUGUCGGACUCAGCCGACGACCAAAGAACAGGGGUCUGUACAGAAUAGUUUCCCUGAAGUCGUUGAGCUAAAUGUUGGAGGGCAAGUGUAUUACACUCGUCAUUCGACAUUAAUUGGUACCCCGAAUUCCCUCCUGGGGAAAAUAUUCUCCUCGAAAAAGGAUCCGUCGAAUGACCUAGCAAGAGACCCUAAAGGGCGCUACUUUAUCGACAGAGAUGGAUUUUUAUUUCGUUAUGUAUUAGACUACCUCAGAGAUAAACAAGUCGUUCUCCCAGACCAUUUCCCUGAAAAGGGGAGAUUGAGGAAAGAGGCGGAAUACUUUCAACUGCCAGACUUAGUAAAGCUUUUAUCCCCUGACGACUUGAAGCACAGUCCGGAUGAAUAUUGCCAUAGUGAUUUUGAAGAUGGGUCACAGGGCAGCGACCUACGGACGUGCCCUCCACCUUCGCUGGUGCCGGCUGACCGAAAGAGUGGCUUCAUUACGGUCGGUUACAGGGGCUCGUGCACAAUGGGGAGAGAGAGUCAGACCGAUGCCAAGUUUCGGAGGGUACCGAGGAUUUUGAUAUGCGGGAGGAUUGCAUUGGCGAAAGAAGUUUUUGGCGAGACGCUAAACGAGAGCCGAGACCCGGACCGGACACCGGACAGGUACACGUCGAGGUUCUACCUGAAGUUCAAACACCUGGAGAGAGCUUUUGACAUGCUGUCGGAGUGCGGCUUUCAGAUGGUCGCCUGCAACUCGUCGGUGACAGCAUCCUUCGUCAAUCAGAACACCGAGGACAAGAUCUGGUCAAGUUACACCGAAUAUGUCUUCUACCGUGGUCUGUCCCGGUGGUCCUCCCCCCUGUGCGACUGCUGCUGCAAGAACCACAAGGGCGACGGCGAGGGCGAGAGCGGCACCUCCUGCAACGAGCUCUCCACCUCCAGCUCCGAGAGCCAGUCGGAGGCCAGCUCGCCGCAGGGCACUGUCAUCUGCGGGCCCGUGAGCCGGGGCGGCCACGUCCAGACGCUGGACCGGCCCAUGAAGAAGGGCCCCGUGGCCAUGCUCCAGCAGUCGGAGCCGCGGCGCAAGAGCGACCUGAUGCGCACGCUGACGGCCAGCUCGCGGGACACCUCCUCGUCCGCCACCACCAGCAGCAAGAAGCGCGCCGCCAAGGAGGCCAAGAUGACCAUCGAGGAGGAGCUGGAGAAGUGCAUCGACGACUUCCACAAGAUCAAGAUCCCCGAGCGCUUCCCCGAGCGGAAGUACAACUGGCAGGCCGACCUGCUGCGCAAGUACCGCCUCUGAAGAGGGCGCCGUGGAGCUGGAGAGGGGUGGCAGCGGUAGGGAGGGGUUAAAGAAGAAAUGAAGAUUUAAAAAGAAAAGAAAAAGUGAACGAAUACUUCAAACUCCUGAGCACUUAAAACUGAACUGUAUGUACCGUAUG